ACUACAGAAUCGCGUAGUGUAAGAAGUGAUUACACGUUUUAACACUAUGCAAUUUGCAGAUCUUCGCUUUGGACAAUCGUCACGUCCUGUUCUUUCUCUUAAUCGUCGAUGCAUCCAUCAAGAAUGAGCUGAAGAACUCUCCAUCUCAAUCUAUUUCAAUUGAAUUUGUAUGUUCUUCGUUUCUAUCCCUUAAUUUUAUUCUUCGCCGCCAAGUUUUACAUAUAGAGAACCUUCUCGUGUAUCUCUAGGGUUUGAUUUAUUGUUCUUUUGUCUCCGUUUACUUUGAUUGCAUUAAAGAUGCUAUCUUUUAAUCAAUGUACUUGAUGGGUAUAUGUAUGCAAUUGAAUUCGUAGACUAGUUGUGGACCGCGUGCUGUUGGUGGAGCUAAGUUGAUCGUUUAGUGAGACAACUCUAUACCCUUUACUAUUGAAUUUAGUGGGUAUUUGUCAAAUUUUAGAUCUGAGGAUCGGAUUUUAUUCGAGGACUAUUGCUGUGUGGUUUACAUUUCUUAUGAUAGAAGAUGUCUGAAAUACAUGAUUCCGAGCUCGUGGAAGUUGUUGAAAAUGGUGUUUCCAAUGAUUUGCACUUGGCCUCUCCACAGGAUGAUGCAAAAACAACUGAGAAUGGGCAGGUGGAAAUCAGUGACGAUAAUAAUGGAGUUGUGAGUUCUGUUGAAGAUUCUGACAAAGAUGUUCCGAAUGAUGCAAAAUUGGAUGAAGGGGGAAAGGAAGAUAUGUUUGUCGAUUGCCCAGAUGAGUUGGUUAUUCCCGAUCAUAAGGAACCUUUUUCUGCAUUUGAAAACCAAGACGAGUCAGAGGAAAAUGAUUACGAUAAAGAGGUACAUCCUGAGGAAUCAAAUAGUGGGGGACCGGUUACAGAUGAUCUGGUAACUUUGCGAAUUAAGCUAGAGAAGGCCAUUAAAGAGAAAGAAAUCUCUGAACGAGAAUACAAGGAAGAGAGGGAUAACCUUGCAAAUGAACGUGCACACUUUGAGGGGACAGUUAGAGAAUUACAGGAACAGUUGUCGAAGAAAGAUCAAGAAAUAGAAGAUCUUCAUUCUAUGGUUAAUAAUGUAACAUCUGAACAAAAGCAGAUUGAGGCUGUUUCUAACUCUUUGUUGGCUUCUCUUGUUGCGGAAGCUUACGAUGGAAGAUUUUCGAAUGACCCUGUUAUAACAAAACUGUCUCAUGUUGAAAGAAGUGCUUCCUUGCUAGUCGAGUAUUAUAAUCAUUUCAUGUCUGAAGCAAAUCUGCUUAACCAGUGUUUGAAUGAAGUCAGACCAGAUCUUGUAAUGCAAGACGACUUUGGUAAGACUUUUGCUUCUACGCGUGAACUCUUGGUUGAACUAAAAAGAAAUGAGGUAGAUUUGUGUCAAAAAAUUAGCAAUUUAGAUGAAGAAAAUAAACUACUGCUUGCCAAGCUGGACCAGAUAAAUGAAGGAUCCCAAAACUUAAAAGCGGAAUUUGAACAAGAGAAGACAAAGUUUGCUAAUACGAAAGAAAAGCUCAGUAUGGCUGUAACAAGAGGAAAGGCAUUAGUUCAGCAACGAGACUCACUGAAGCAGUCUCUAGCUGAGAAAUCGAAUGAACUUGAGAAGUGCACGUCAGAAUUGCAGCAGAAGACGAUUGAACUCGAGGCUUCUGAAAGAACCAAGGAGGAGUUGGUCAAGUGUGAAAAUUUGGCUGCCAAACUUCAGGAUGCUCUUGAACUUAAAGACAAUAUUCUUGCUGAUUGUGAAGGAAUGUUAUCUGAGGGCGCAUCAUCUGAGUUGGAUCAGUCGAUUAAUAUCACAGAAAGAGUUCGAUUGCUAGUGAACGAAAGAAAUUCAAUGAAAGGUCUGAAGAUCGAAUUCAACAAACUGAAUGAUAUUCUGUCUCGGAUUAAUAUGCCGGAGACUGUUUUAACUUCUGAUCUGGAAUCCCGAGUCAAUUGGCUGAUGGAAUCAAUAGAUGGGAUUGCACAGACAAGGGAAACCGCACAGACUGAGAUAGAGCGGCUUUCAGUUUCAUUCUUAGCAGAAAGUCAGGAGAAGAAUCUUCUCUAUGAUGAGUUACAAGAGCUAACUUUCAGGUACCAAGUGGCUGUCGAGAAGGAGCAUCAAGCUUCACAGGACAAGAACCAAAUGGUAAACAUGUUAAUUGAGGGAGCCGGAAUUACAACCGAUGACUUAAAAGAUGUUUCAAUGUCUCCCUUUGACAUUACAAGGCUGAUUGACCUGUGUUUUGGCAAGGUUAAAGAAAUUGGUGUCUCAGUCAGAUCAUUGGAUCAUGAUGCAGAUUUUAUUGAAAGGAUGCAGACUCUUUUGUAUACAGAGGAUGUUGAACUGGCCUUAUUGAAAUUACUGUUAGAAGAAGAUGUUGUGGAUAAAUCUCAAGUAAUUAGGUUAUCAGAUAAGCUGGAAGCAAUAACUGGAGAAUUUCAAGCACUGGAUGUUGAGAGAAGUUCUCUGAAGAAAGAUCUUGUAAAGGCGGAGGAUAAAUCAACUUUAUUGAGGGAAAAGUUAUCAAUGGCGGUAAAGAAAGGGAAGGGAUUAGUUCAAGAAAGGGAAAAUUUAAAGCAACUCAUUGAAGAAAAGAAUGCAGAAAUAGAGAAGCUAAAACUUAAUUCACAGCAGCAAGAAUCUGAACUCGACAGCUACAAGGAAGAGAUUGACAAAUUGUCAACUGUAACAGCGCAGAUACCCAAAUUGGAAACUGAUCUUAUGGACGCUAAACAUCAAAAAGACGAAAUCGAGAAAUUCUUGGUGGAGAGCAAUACAAUGAUACAGAGAAUGAUUGUGGCAAUUGAUGAUAUUGUUCUUCCGGUUGAUUCAGCUUUUAAAGAACCUGCUGAAAAAUUGAAGUGCUUUGCAGACUACUUGAAGGAUUGCCAGGCAGAAAAGGCUCUUGCUGAAGAAGAAUUGGCAAAACUAAAUGUUGAGGCCAAUUCUCUCACCAUCAAAUUGACAGAAUCUGAAAGGUCUAUGAAAGCCCUGGAAGAGGCAGUAGCUCUUGCAGACAAUAACUAUUCUCAGCUAGUAGGAGAAAAGAAGGAACUGGAGAUUUCUAAACUAAAAAUGGAGCAAGAAUUACAGAAAGUGUUGGAGGAAGCUUCUACUGAAGCUAGCAAGUCAGAAGAGAUUUCUAUAUCACUUCGGGAUGCUCUAAAUUGUAGAAUUAAUGCCGAAGCAGAGGUAGAGGAAGUAAGGGAAGAACUCUCGAUUCAGACUUCAAAACUUUCAGAAGCAUACCGAACAAUAAAAUCACUUGAAGAUGCUCUCUUUCAAGCAGAGACUAACCUUUCUUUGCUUGCUGAGGAAAAUAAUAAAGCUCAAGAGGGUAGGUCUAGUGUGGAAAAUGAAAUGAGGAAACUUACCGAAGAGGCUGAUUCGCAGGUAAACAAGUUUGCAGAUGCCUGCCUAAGAAUGAAAUCACUAGAAGAUUCCUUGUUGAAAGCAGAUAGUAGUAUAAAUGAACUCUCAAGUGCAAAGGAAAUUGCCGAGGAGGAGAUAUUGGCUUUAAAGGCCAAACUGAAGACUUGCAUGGAAGAGUUGGACGGAGUCCAUAACAGAGUUGAAAGCAGGUCAUUGGCGCUCUCUGAUGACUUUGAAAACCUUCAAGCCCUCCUAGAAAAUGAUAGAUUAACAAUCAUGUUCAGAAAAAGCUUCACAAACAAAUAUGAGAAUCUCAAACAAAUCAAUCUCCUUAUUGAAGGCAUAAAAGAUCAGUUGAUCAGAAUAGAAUCUAAAACAGCACUCAGUGUCAAAGAGGUAGACUUGGACAUCUCAAAGUUCAAUGAAGUUCUAGAUAAUAUUGCAAAUGUUGAAGUUGACAAUGAGGGAGAGACAGCAGAUGGUGACAACAAAGAGUCAUAUCAUAACACAAUUGUCGAAAAAUUUCAUCUGAGACAAAAUACUCUAGAGAAUACAUUUGAAACUCUAUCUUCUUUUGUGGAUGAGUUUCUUGCAGCUCUUUUGACUAAACUACAGGUCACAAGGGAUGAAGUACUCCUUGUACUCGAUAACAAUGUUUCAUUGAAGGAUAAAAUGUUUCAUCUAGAAAAGGAAAGAGAUGAACAUGAGAAAAUAAUAAGCGCACUGGAGAAUGAAACUGCUGUUUUAUUAUCAGCAUGCACUAACGUCACCCAGAAACUGGAGAUGGAAAUUGAGAAUUCCGUGCAGGAACAGAAUCGUAAUACUUUGCCAGCAAAUGCAGAUAACUUCUCCUCUAAAGAGAACGAUGUCGAUGAACAUGCUUCGGAAGAUCACAUGCAUAGUGACAGCAUAAAUAUCAAAACAGCUGAAAGGAUGUUUGAGAAAGUUCGAGCUCUAUGUGAAAACUUUGAUAAUGAAAGAGAACGAUCAAAUUCCAUUAUCACUGGGUUACAAAACAAAUUGGUAGAGAUCACAGGAGCCAUGCAAAAUGCUGCGGAAGAAAGAGAUUUGAACCAAACUUGGGCUUCAAGGUACGAGAGUGAGUUAGAAGACUUGAAAAGGUCGUACAAGGGAUUUGGGGAUGAAAGGGAACUAUCUACUAAUACAACUAAAGAAUUACAAAAUGAAUUGGCUGAAACCAAGAGAGCACUAGAAAAUGCUGUAGAAGAAAGAGAUCUGAACCAAAAUAGAGCCUCCAAGUUGGAGAGUGAUUUAGAAGCAUUGCACAAGUCAUGCAAGCAGUUUAGUGAUGAAAAGGAUCUAUCAGUUUCCAGAAUUAGUGAAUUGCAUGAUGAAUUGAUGGAGACCAGGAAAGCCUUGGAAGCUGCUUCAGAAGAAAGAGACUUAAACUUGCGUAGAACUUCCCAGUUGGAGAGUGAUUUAGAAGCAUUGCACAAGUCAUGCAAGCAGUUUAGCGAAGAAAAUGAUCUAUCAGUUUCCAGAAUUAGUGAAUUGCAUGAUGAGUUGAUGGAGACCAGGAGAGCCUUGGAAGCUGCUUCAGAAGAAAGAGACUUAAACUUGCAUAGAACUUCCCAGUUGGAGGCCAAAUUAGGAGAGCUUGAAAAGGCUUGCAAUCACUUUGCAGACGAAAGAGAACUAUCAACUGCCAUGGUUAAUGAAUUACAAAAUGAAGUUACCCAAGCUAAGUUAGCUUUGGAAAUUGCUUUAAAAGAAAGAGAUCUGUGCCAAACCAGAGUUUCCAACUUGGAGAGUGAACUAGAAGUGUUGAAAGAUGAAAGGGAACUAUCGGAUGCCAACAUUAAUGCAUUACAAAGUAAAUUGACCAAAAUGGACAGAUCACUGGAAAAUACUAUACAAGAUAGAGAUUUGCAUCAAAGCAGAACUUCCAAGUUGGAGAAUGAUAUAGAAGAUUUGGAGAUGUCUUGCAAGGAGAUGAAGCUCAAACUUGUGGAAUAUGAAGAGGAGCGUACAUUGAAAGAGAGAGAGGUGUCUGUUUCAUUACUACAUGAUACUGUCAUAAGUGAUGAAGUUGCCAGAGACAUUCUUGAGAAGGUAAAUGCUAUUGAAAUCCCUGUUACAGACAUAAAAGAAGGAUAUAAUACCCAAACACAAGAUAAUACUGGUCUUGUGAAGAAGCUCUUCAACAUACUUGAUUCUGUUGAUGAAAUGCAACACCAGAUAAACUUAUUAUCGCAUGACAAGGAAGAGCUGCAGUUAGCCCUUGCAUCAAAGGUUGAUGAAGAAGAAGAAUAUAUUAAAGAAAAUAGAGAGUUGGAUAAGAUGAAGGCUGAGUUUCUUGGUCUGGCACAAGGGCUGGAUAACAUCAUCCAGAAAUUAGGAGGUGACAUGCAACCUAGAGACCAGAAAAUAACUGAUUUGAGGGGACUAGUAUCAACAUUGGAAAAUCUAGUCAUCACAGUCAUUGAGGAGUCUGAGAGUUUGAAGUUCAAAUCCCAGGAAUUAGGUGUCAGAUUUCUUGCAAAUCAAGGACUCGUGGAUGAAUUAUCCUCUAAGCUUAAAUCUCUAGAAGAUUCUAACAGGUAUCGGUCUUCUUCACCGGAGGUUGUACAAGAGAGAAAAAUAUUGGAAGCUCCUCCUUUGCCCACUCGUUCAGAGAUAACCGAAAUUGAAGAUGGGGUUGGUCUUGUUGCAAAGAAAGUAGUCUCUUCUUCAGUUCCUUCAGCUGCCCACUCGCGAACUCUACGCAAGGGGUCCAAUGAUCACCUUGUAAUCAACAUGGAUACAGAAUCAGAACAGUUAAUCAACAAUGAAGAAACAACGGAAGACAAAGGUCACAUAUUCAAGUCUCUUAACACAUCGGGGUUAGUUCCCAAACAAGGAAAGCUAAUUGCAGAUCGGGUGGAUGGAAUAUGGGUGUCUGGAAGUCGAGCUCUGAUGAAUCAUCCAAAAGCAAGGCUAGGAGUUGUUGCAUAUUGGCUGUUCUUGCAUCUAUGGAUGCUUGGCACAAUCAUCUUGUAGUGAAGGCGAAGCUUAUUAGGAUUUCCAAAAAUGAAAACCAAAUUGUAUGUAUCAUAGAUACAUGAAAUAUCAUCCCCAUUGUUCUGUCUUUCCCCUUCCUCCUAGGAUUUAAAGUGAAGAUAUAAUGGAUUGAUUUAGCAAUUUUCUUGUUGUUUGCGACCUUGAGAAUUCUCUCGAGUCAGAUUUUUAUAGCUGCAGAGAGGAUGAUAAUGAAUAGAUUUUGAUAUCUGUACACAUUUUCUUUUUGAUUUAGUUUAUACAGAACAAAGGCUGCUACUAUAAAGGAUAUAUGAUGUUGUAUAGAACCUUUUCUUUUCAA